AUGUCUACACCACCAGCACGAAAGAAAUUGUCUGGUGGUGCUUUCCGAAAGAAAAGAAAGCUCCAAGCAGAAGACAUUUCUAAGAUGGCUGGAUCAUUAAAUAAGUUCCUCAAACUUGAUUCAGUACAAAAAGCUGUAAGCGAGUUGGAGUGCAAAACUAAAGAGAAUCGCGGAGCUGUACAUGUUGAACCACAGCCUUCUACUUUAACUAUGGGUGAACAUUCUUUGGGUAUGGAAAGUGAUACAAACACUGAGGAAGAGAGUUCACAGAAAUCAGCAUCAUCAUCAGAAGAUAAAAAUGGAAAAAGCACGCUGGUAGACUUCUUGGAUUCAGCUGACUGGGCUGAUACGCUUACUAGCUCACUAAAAGAAACCAUCGUUAUGAAAGGUCCGUCAAAGCCAAAAGAGCACUUUGCAUUUCCUAAAGAUGCAUCCAAGAGACGGUUUACAUCAACUCACUAUAGACGGCGCCUUGGAAUAGGUGAAGUGCAUGUUAGAAAGUGGCUUAGUUAUUCUCUUAAACUGGAUGAAAUCUUUUGCUUUUGUUGUAAACUCUUUACAACUACGCAAAUGGGUCUAACAACGGGAGGUUACAACGAUUAUAAAGUGUCUCCAUCUCACCUCACUGCUAUGGGAGACUGGACAGGACUGUUAACAAGGCUUGGGUCAGGACCGUUUGACCGUUCAUACCAAAGAUUAUUGGCAACUGAAACGCAGUACUGGCAGAAUGUUCUUCAGCGCCUUGUAGCCAUUGUUCAAUACCUUGGGAAGCAGGGCUUGGCCUUCAGGGGCAGCAGUGACACGCUGUACUCUGAAAACAAUGGAAAUUACUUGAAACUUGUAGAAAUGCUGGCAACAUAUGAUAGUGUGAUGCAAAACCACUUGAAAAAGAUAGAGAAUUCAGAAAUUAGUCAGCAUUAUUUAGGAAAAGACAUUCAAAAUGAACUGAAUUGGUUUAAUUUAAAAAGAAAUAGGGAGCCACAUUAUGUGGUUGCUUAA